AUGAUGGCCCUUGUUAUGGAACCUAUUAGCAAGUGGACGCCGAAGCAGGUUGUGGACUGGAUGAAAGGUCUUGACGACUGCCUGCAGCAAUACAUUAAAAACUUUGAGAGAGAAAAGAUCAGUGGGGAGCAGUUGUUGCACAUCACUCAUCAGGAGCUGGAAGAAUUGGGAGUCACUCGGAUUGGCCAUCAAGAGCUGAUUCUAGAAGCGGUUGAUCUUCUCUGUGCAUUGAACUAUGGCUUGGAGACUGAAAAUCUGCGAACACUUUCCCACAAGCUGAACGCGUCUGCCAAAAAUCUUCAAAACUUCAUCACAGGUAGAAGGAGGAGUGGUCAUUAUGAUGGACGGGCCUCCCGAAGACUGCCAAAUGAUUUCCUUACCUCCGUCGUUGACUUGAUUGGUGCUGCCAAAAAUUUGCUUGCCUGGUUAGACAGGUCCCCAUUUGUCAGUGUGACAGAAUACUCGCUGCUGAAAAACAAUAUUGUUCAGCUCUGCUUAGAACUCACCACCAUUGUUCAACAGGACUGCACAGUGUAUGAAACAGAAAAUAAAAUUCUUCAUGUGUGUAAAACGCUGUCUGGUAUCUGUGAUCAUAUCAUCUCUCUUUCAUCAGAUUCUCUGGUGUCUCAGUCAGCUCAUCUCGAAGUUGUUCAUCUUACAAGCAUCAUGCCCAGUGAAGGUUUGGGAAUGUAUAUUAAGUCAACCUAUGAUGGACUACACGUGAUUACAGGAACCACAGAAAAUUCUCCAGCAGAUCAAUGUAAGAAGAUCCACGCAGGGGAUGAGGUGAUCCAGGUCAACCAUCAAACGGUGGUUGGCUGGCAGUUAAAGAAUUUGGUCAAUGCGUUGCGUGAAGACCCAAACGGCGUGAUCCUAACGUUGAAGAAGCGACCUCAGAAUACGCUCGUUUCUGCUCCGGCACUUCUCAAGAACGUCAGGUGGAAACCCCUCGCUCUCCAGCCUGUGAUUCCAACCAGCCCAACGAGCAGUUUCACCACGCCAACCAGCACAAUGGGUAUGAACUCCAAAAUGGACAACUCGACGCUGCAAGAUGUAUUCAUCUUCUCCCCCGUGUCAGGACUUUAUGGCCCCAGGGAUGACAUUGGCCUUGUGUCGUGUGAUGAAAUCAGCAAAUACGGGAUUGGGAAGUCUGCCAUGAAAGGUUCUGAAUCUCCAAGCUACUUCCUGGAACAAGAAAGUGGAAAGUAUUACACGUUAAUUGAAGGCGAGGAUCAUCCCAUGAGUUCUGAAUACGAAAGAGGUAGAGUGACAGGGGUGCGGAGAAGAGAAAAGACACCCACGCAUGGUGAUCUGAGGCCAGUUUCUAUGCCAACAGAAUACAGCUGGAUAGGAGAUUCAAAGGAGCCAAACAUGUACAAGAGAGGUAGUCGUGAUUCCGAGAACUCGCUCCUACGAUACCUGAGUGAUGACAAGAUCUUAGUGAUCCAGGAAGAACCGUUGACCCAGAAAGAUAACAAGCGUGAUACAGGCCGGCGGUCCAGGAAGAAGGGCAAAAACAGUGGCAGUCCUAAUUAUCCUGUGAGCUCCUCCAUGAUGACCUCGUCUACUAAUGUACGGCUUGAACCGGGACAGCAGGAUGUCCUAAAUUUCUCCUUAGCUGAAAGCAACACCGUUCCCCUCUAUCACAGAACAGCCGACUCUGCCGGAGAUUCUGAAAGGUAUGUCAGCUCGGCUGCUGAGCGCCAAGGAGGUACAGCUAUGAGAAAGUCAUUUCACUAUGCUUCCUUGAGGGUAAAGAGCAAAAAAUGGCCCAAAGGUGGUUCUCUGAACAACAGUAGCCGACGGCGGAUUUCCUGUAAAGAUUUGGGCCAUGGCGACUGUGAAGGUUGGUUGUGGAAGAAGAAGGAUGCCAAAGGUUACUUCACCCAGAAAUGGAAAAAAUACUGGUUUGUCCUGAAGGAUUCUUCCCUCUACUGGUACACUAACCAAAACGAUGAAAAAGCAGAAGGGUUUAUCAGUUUACCAGAGUUCAGAAUAGACAGAGCAAUUGAAUGCAGAAGGAAACAUGCUUUCAAGGCUUGCCACCCCAAAAUCAAGAGCUUCUACUUUGCAACAGAUUGCCUGGAAGAAAUGAACCGAUGGAUGAACCGUCUAGGUUUGGCCGCCAUUGGUUACACACCUGAUGACAAGGAUAUUCGGGCAGAUGAAGCAGAUUAUUGGAGUGAAAGUGACCAGGAAGACGUUGACAACUCCUUAAUGUUGAAGCAAGAAGGACCUGUUGUGCUUUGUGACUCCUACCACCGGACCCCCUCGAUGAAUUCUUCGAGUCCAUUCCCUGAGCCAAAACAUGGCCGUCACUUCUCCAGUGAAUCAACCUAUUCCCAUUCUUCUGCAGAGGAAUCCCGACAAGAUCCAGCAGGGAACACACACUCUGCAGGAGGUUCUAGACCUCCCUACAGAGAACGACGCUCAUGGCAGGAUCUUAUAGAGACGCCGUUGACCAGUUCGGGACUCCAUUUCCUGCAGACUGUUCCUACUGACUCAGACUAUGUGAACGAGAGGUUCGGGGUAUCCCCGGAGAGGCGGCGACAAGCCACCUUACCCGUCCAGAGGCGCCAUAAUCAUGAUCAGGAUGGUCCUUUCCCGUUGGUCGGGUGCUACAAAGGUCAGAGUUCGCACUCCAGGCCCCAGAAGCAAAGAAGUCAAAGCCUUCCUCGGAAUCGCGACGUCCGGAUCAAAGGGCGGGUAAAAACGAGCGGGAUCUCUGAAGAGCGGUCGGAAGAGGAGCUGGCCGUUAAAAAGCCGAGUAAUUCGGGGGGAGAUGAAAAAGUAGAAGAACGAAGGAAGAGCACAGAUGGUCUUCAUGAACUCUACAAGACUUUGGAACAAGCCAGCUUGUCAGCCUUUGGAGAGCAACGUCCUUCCACCAAGCAGGAAUUCCGGAGGUCCUUCGUCAAGAGAUGCAAUGACCCUAUCGUCAAUGAAAAGUUGCAUCGCAUCCGAGUACUCAAAAGUACUUUAAAAGCCAAGGAAGGAGAUCUGGCCAUGAUCAACAGCUUGCUCCACGAACCUAACUUGACGUCCAAAAAGUUCAAAGAAUGGAAAAUAAAGAACUAUGAGUUUUUUCUGGACAUUUGUGAGUACAGCGGUGCUUUGAAAGCCCAGAAUGGAGCUUCUGAACUCACCAUUACGGCCUCUCUGCUCUCACACACACAUUCCUUCAUCGAAACCCACGUCUGACCCCCGCGAGGGAUUGUCGGAAGAAGGGCGGAGAGCCACGCGGGGGGGAGGGGGGGAGGGACGAUCCCUUGUGACAGAACACUGUAACCCGUAUCAAUAAUGUAUCCAGCUCUAUUGUAAAUAGAUUGGAUAAGAAUUUAGUACCAUCGGAUGCCUACUGCAUUGCAUGACGAGACAGAUUUCUUUCUUUAUUUUUACUCCCCUUUUUCUGGAAUUAUUUUGGGUUGUUUUUUCCCAAUUCUGCUUUAGUGAAGAAGCAGCGUAGAAGGACGAACGGGCAUAAAACGACACAAAACUGCAGUAUAUUUAUAAAACACCAGUAUACUUACCCAUAUUUUUUAAAAGAAGUUUAGUCAACAGGAUUCCUCUUUCUUUUAUAUAGGUAGAUACUCUGCGCUUGCUCGUAUCUAGGUAUAUAAAACGGAACGUGAAAGCUGAGGUUUUAUUUUUUAAAAAAUAUUUCCAGAGACGUCCAUCCUCAUAAAUUUCCCUCCCCCUUUUUUUUUUCCUUAAGAGUGGAGAUUUUAAAUAUGAAAAAGAGAGAAAAAAAAAAGAAGAAUAAAUAAAAAAGAAAAACUCCAUCGCUCUUAGGAAAAGAGGGUUUAACCGUUCAGCAUUUCCAAGAAACGACCUGGGUUGUGAGAUAAAAAGAGAGCUUGGCGAGGUCUAGAAAUGGAAAAGUUAAAUUCCCCUCUCCCCCUCACCUUUUUUGGCGUGCCUUAAAGUAUGCAGCAUUUUAUCCCAGGAAAACCACUUGCUUUCGGUUUGGCCUGUCCAGGCUCAACCGGUACAUGCUGUUGAAAUGCUGUGCUAUUCUUACAAAACUGUGCCUGCUUUUCGGAAGAUUGACCCAAGACACGCAUGAGGGUGUGUGCGCACUGACACACAACCCGUACGUUCAUGUGACAGAGAAGAAAUUAAGGUACGAAAAACUGUUUGUGGGAGCAGGAUUGUGCAAACAGGCAGCUUCUGCUCACCCUUCUGGCCCGUCACGAGUCGGGGGGCCGAGAACGUAAUCCAUAAUUUCUGGAAAUCGGUAGCUAUUCCGGAUGUCAGCAAAUGUGCACUGUGAAUUUAAAGGCCAGAAACCUACCAACGGCAAAAUUCUGAUCUUUGCAGACUCAAGACAGAAUAACAAAAUAAAAAACAGCCAAACUGAACACCAAUGGCUGUCUAUAUUUACACUGUGCUAUUGAAUAAAGAUCCUCAGAUUUAUGAUUUGAGAACCUUUGCAAUAAAAGAAACCUACAUCCUGUCGAGGCAUUAUCACUGAACAGGGAAUUCAAGGCCAGUAAGAGACAUGGGUUCUCCUAAUCACCCCUGAUCCUUCUGAACCUAUCCCGUUGAGUAGGAACUCAUCCUCCAUCCUCAUGUUCAUUCAAAAACUUAGUGGAAGUCUCUAGCUCUUCAGGAACACUACUAGUAGUAGAAGUAAUAAGUGAAUCUCUGUCCUGCAGAUGUUGUUGGAUUUCAAUUCACAUUUGUUCUUCAAAACUGGAGCUCACCUAGGUUCCAUCCUAAAAGUUUCUACUCAACGUUCAAGGAAGUAGGAGUAGAACACUCUUGCAUAACCUCACUGCCCAACAUGGAGAAGGAGUGAGCAUUCAAAGCAGAGCUUGACAGUAAGCAAAAGGAUAUCAGGUGCAAUGUUACCAUUUUUUAAAUGUCUGCAUUAAAUAUUCUGGACUAUAGAGCGCCAUUUCCCAACCUCGGUGGCUUUAAGAGGUAUGGACUUCAGCUUCCAAAGUUACUCAGCUCCAGUCAUCUUACAGCCACCACGGUUGAGAAACAUUGCCAUAGAGGUCGCAUAGCCACAGAGAGAAACAGAUUGGGGUCUCUAGAAUUAACCUACAUAUGAAGCCUACUAGAAUGAGAAUAUAUCUGCUGAAUAUAACUCCACACUGGCGACAGGGUGGGCAUCUGGCCAGUAAAAACUCAGGCUCCAUUUAGUUGCCCAGACUCCACCCUGCAAGGGAUUAUGGGGUUGUUAAAAGAGAAUGAUGAAACUUACUAGAGCUUUUUCAGAAAACUAGAAUGCAGGUAAUCCUCACCUUACAACCAUCCUUUUAACAAUUGUACAAAGUUGUGAUGGAAAUGAAAAAAAAGUGACUUAUGACCAGUCCUUGCACUGAUGUAUGUUGCAGUGUGCCCAUGGUCAUGCGAUCAAAAUUUGGGCACAAGACAACUAGUAAGAUUGUCACUUAUGACUUUCCCAGCAGUCUCCCAACAAGUAAAGCCAAUGGGAGAUGGUGUUGCAUAACAACUGAAUCACUUAGCAAGGGAUGUUCCAGUCCCAAUUGUGGUCAAAAAUCAAUGACUACCUGUUUUAGAGUAUUGGAAUGCUGCCAUAGGCUCAUCGGAGCAUUACGGGAAACUCCCGAAAGUCUAUCUAAAUAAGUCUUGUUAGAAGGGCAACUUCCAAUCACAAGCAGAAGUUGAACAAGGAAAUUGGUACUUGAGACAGAAGAUCUCAACUCCUACUCCAGAUCAAUAAAAUUAAUCUAGUAA